CAGAAACAUUUCUGGAUAAACACACAAAGAAAUGGCACCUUUCAAUAAAUGCAAAGUCGUGCUAGUGUUGGAAUUCAACUGGAUUCUAUACUAUGUUGGUCAUGCUGUAGACACCUGCAAAGUUACCAUAAGACAACAUCCAUUUAAGGAAGUAGACUACAGUGUCGACACUGUGAACAUAACAUGCAGUUUCUCUGCUUCCGGAUGUAAAGGCUCCCCUCAAAUGCUAUGGUUUCGCUAUCGUGAUUUUACACAUGAGGCUUUGUGUACACCUGGAUGCAUAGAGAAGUUCGAAGUGAUUGGAUCACUGUCCGAUCAGAAAGUUUUACUUCAAAUCAACAAACUGACUGUAAACGACAGUGCCAUUUAUAUCUGUGGAAUAGCAUAUUCAAAUUCAGAUUCACACACAUCUAAGCAAACCGGGGGAGGAACGAUAUUGGUGAAAAGAGGGUCUGAGAAGUACAGCACUGAAGAAUACAUCCCCAUGAUAGUCCUCUCAUCUUUUCUGUUUCUAUACAGCACUACCCUAUUGGCAAUCUUUAUAUUCUACAAGUCAAAAUCCAAACUAGUAAAGAAAACCAGGAAAGGAGACGUGAAAGGAGAGCACCAUAAAAACACGAGUGGGCGAACAGUUUGUCGAGCAAUUGUACAAGAACUGUACAAGAAGAGAUAUGCUGAAGACCAUCAUCAGCCUGAGUGUUUGGAACCAGAUGACACCAUCUAUCAAAACAGAUGAUAAAAUUCAAAGUACACCACAUACUCAAGAUCCUUUAUGUGAAAUAUAACUGAACAUGUCUGAGACUUCAAACAUUAAUUUUCUGAAAGAGUCUUACCUUGCUAAAAAAGAUGAAUCCUCACUGAGUAGUGCUUUUUUUUAAAAAGUGUUUUGCAAAUAGAUUAUCAAACACAAAUGACAGAAUUCCAGUUAAAGUGUGAAUAUUAACAUUACCAAACCCUCUCCCUCUGAAAAAUAAAAAUAUUGGAAAAGGACUUUAUUUUCCAUUGAAGAGCUACUAAUACUUCAUGGACAUUUUCAUAUUUAGGAUUAGUUCUACAUAUACGGUAUUUUUUUUUUAAAUUCUUUUGUGAAUUUAAUGCUUCUGAAAGGUUUGUGAUAGGCAGAUAAAGAAAAUGAAGCCUUGAGGUAAAAUUCUGCUCUCAGUUAUUUACAUUGCUGUAAAUCAGCUAUAACUACCACUAAUGUCAAUAGUAAUUCAGGAUUUACAUCAGAGUAAGAGCAGAAUCUGGCUGGCUGUACACAGAACAGGUACAAAAAAUAGGCAAUAAAAAAGCAUACACACUAAUGUAAUGUCAAAGCUGAUCCAGAGGGACCAUAUCGUGGGUUAGGAAGGUAGCUUAGUCUACAUGUCAAUCCAAGGACUACUCUUCUUUCAAUGUUUAUAUUUGUGUGUUAUGCAGACAAUAUCCCCAAGUGCUAGCCGGAAGCAGUGCCUUGUUCCCCACUAGAACGACACCCAGUCUCUACAUGGGCAUGGAGGGGAUUCCAUGAACCCUCUCCUCCUUCUCUUUGUGCAUCUGCACGGAGCUGGGCACAACUGAGACUGCUGGACUACAGUUAGUUCUCACUUAGUUAAUCUGCGCACCUCAAGAGUCUUAUAAGAUACCUGCUGGUCUCACCCAUCCUCUCAGCAAAGAGUUAAUGGUGUUCAGUAGUGAGGCCUCAUCUAACAUUUUGCAAUUUAAGAACUGCCAGACUGGAGCAAAGCAGAGAUCUAUCUAGUCCAGUGUUGCCUACAUAGGCAAGUACUAAAUAUUUCAGAGGAAGGUAAAAAAUGCACAAAAAUCCACAUUACAUAAUUGACAAAUAUAGAACAACAUGUCUAAUAAACUUUCUUCCUAAUCCCAAGCAAUUAAUGGCUAGCUGCUUCUCUCUUCAAGCAUGGUAUCUUAUACAUUUUUAUUCUAGUAACUACAGUUAUUCUUAUUUGUAUAAAUAUCAAAUCCUUUUUUAGACCCUAAGCUUUUUGCCUCAAUGAUAUCACAUAGUGAGUUUCACAGAUUAAUUAGAUGAGAAAGCAUUUCUUUAUAUUAAACACUCAUUACAGAAUACCUACUAGUGAAGUAUAAAUAUAAAGUACAAAUGGACAGAGUAUGUUUUGUAAUGCAGUAUGAUUAACUUAUUAGUAAGAUUUCUGCUUGUCAAUUCAUAAAAUUCGGAACUCCACAAUAACAUUGUGUUAGGGUGAAUUAGUGAGGUUUUACUGUACGUUGGAAAAUAAAAACAAAGGUGUAUUUCUCUCAAACUCUUUGGUAAUAACUUAUGAAUAAGCUACUUUGGACUCUAAAUGUCAUUGUAAUUCCAGAAACAGUUGAAAGUAACAUUUGUUUUGUUUCUCAGAGUUUUACAAGAACAUUUGUAUAGGUCGUUUAAAAAAAUUAAGAACAAGGAAACAGAGGCUGUGUCAAGCAUAGCAGAGUAUAAUUCUCAUUAACAGUAUAGUUAAAUUAUUCUAUUUUCAGGCUCCAAUCCUGCAGUUGGAUCCACACAUAGGCUGACCCCUGUGCUUACAUAUUGCUCCUCUGAAUCAGAGCUCACAUCUGUAAAAUAAUAAAAGACUUUUCUAAAGGGGGUUUAAAACUCUUUAGUACAGUAAUUGAAAUACAUGCUUUCUAGGAUCUUCCACAUGUUCCAAGUAUUUGUUCUUGCUUACAGUGUACAUAUAGUGAAUUCAUUCUUUGCUUCUUUUUACAUAUCAUGUUGUAAAAUAAUAAAAAGUUUUGAUAUUUUAACUACAAAAUUUAGAACACCACUUGGUCUGACACAGAGCUUUUUGCAUGGGAUACAAAUGUCAGUUUUUCCAGGAGAGUAGGUUAG